CAUGGAGACCGAGAACCAGAUUGGAAAAACCCGGAAGUAGUAUUUUGUUUCUAAAUAUAGCAUCAAAUGUCAGUACACAGGAUUCCCUCAUGUCAAACAUGGCAAAACUAUGCAGACAGAUUUUUGCAGUUUUACAGAAGCAAGGUUUAGGAAGACAAAAUAUACAAGAAUAUUGUGCUACAACAACUGGUUACCAUGGCAACAGAAGGUUUGCUAGCACGGAUAGCAAACCUAAGACUGGUAUUUUAAUGUUGAAUAUGGGUGGCCCGGAGACAUUGGAUGAAGUACAUGAGUUCCUGUUGAACUUGUUCAAAGAUAGGGAUCUUAUACAGCUCCCUGCUCAGAGUCGACUUGGACCAGCCAUAGCUAACAGACGAACGCCUAGUAUACAGAAACAGUACCAUGAAAUAGGAGGAGGGUCUCCCAUCAAGAAAUGGACAACUCUACAGGGUCAGGGAAUGAUUGAAAUACUUGACAAAAUCAGUCCUGAAACAGCACCACACAAGUUCUACAUCGGAUUUCGCUAUGUCAACCCUCUCACAGAAGAUGCUUUGGAACAAAUGGAAAGUGAUGGUAUUAAAAGAGGGAUUGCUUUUACCCAGUACCCACAAUACAGUUGUUCUACAACAGGAAGUAGUAUGAACGCCAUUUAUAAACAUUAUCGUAAUCGUGGCUCUGUCAGUCAGAUAGCGUGGAGCAGUAUUGAUAGAUGGCCAACUAACUCAGGACUUAUACAGACUCAUGCAGAGCAUAUACGUGCAGAGCUUGAGAAGUUUCCUGAAGAUGUGAGGGAUGAAGUUGUCAUCCUUUUCUCAGCACAUUCCCUACCUCUAAAGAGUCAGAAUCGAGGUGACCCAUAUUCUACUGAAGUUGGUGCUACAGUUUUAGCUGUGAUGGAAGAAUUAGGGAACUCACAUCCAUAUAGACUGGUAUGGCAGUCAAAGGUAGGGCCACUACCCUGGUUGUCUCCCCAAACUGACGAAGCUAUAAAAGGUUUAGUUGCUAGGGAUAAAAAGAACAUCAUCUUGGUGCCAAUAGCAUUUACAAGUGACCAUAUUGAGACAUUGUAUGAACUAGAUCUGGAAUAUGCUAAAGGGCUUGGAGAGGAGCUUGGUGCUAAUAUUCGUAGAUCAGCUGCUCCCAAUGGAAACCCUGUCUUUAUUAAUACCCUAGCCCGACUUGUAAAGGACCAUUUAGAUUCAGGCAAGUCAUGUUCAGCACAGAAUGUACUAAGAUGUCCCAUGUGUACCAAUGCUAUUUGUGGAGAGACAAAGAAAUUCUUCGAGCACCAACAGCGAUAUAUCAGCAAACCCAAGAGAGGAGAAUCUCAGCAUGUGCCUGCAGCUGACAAACUUGCACAAACUGCAUAAUAUAAGAUGUUCUAUUCUGUUUGCUGGUUGUUUUUUUGUAUCAAAAUAAGGGCAUUGGGUAUUGUUGUACAUAAUUACAUAAGGUUGAGCAUUAGUGAUCUUAUUUAUAAAUAGGCAAAGGCAGACUUGAGAUUGAAUUUUCACUUCCAUUGCUUUAAAAAAAAUGGUUGACCGGUCCAGUUUUGCAAGAAAUCUACAUGGGCAGUAUAAAAAUUUGUGGUGUGUUUGGAAUAGUUAGAAGAAUGAAUCCGAAGUUUGGAAAUUGUUGUUGUUAAUUACCGGGUAUGAAGUUUACCAUAGUUUUAUGUAAAAUAAAAGACAGACAGACCUGAAGAAGCUUUCACAUUGAUAUACUAGUAGCUUUACAAAAUACUGGUAUCAGCAUCUAGCAGGCAAGCAGAAUACAGAUUUAUUACCAUGACAUUGACCAUAAAUUAGACAUACAUUUUUAAUGUGUGAAACUGAAUAGCCAGUUGGUUAAUCCUUAUCGUGUUGGACACGACUGAUUCUGCCUUUGCAACCAGUGUAGAUCAUAAUCAGCCUGCACAUCUGUGCAGUCUGAUCAUGAGCUGCACUAUUCACCAUUCAGUCACUAUCUUUUUGGUAUGCACCUCUUUUAACAGUAAAUGGUACUGUCCAAGCUAAAAGAUGGACAAGAUCAUUGGAGAAAUUUAGCAGGGUAAGGUUUAAAAUCAUAUGUGUAAGUGAAAAUGUGUUUAUUUAUUGCAUUUAUUUGAAACAAGAUGUCAAUAUUGCAGUUAUAUUACAUGUAUGACUGUAUAAUACACACCAGUGUAAUGCAGUUUGAUUUUUGUCGGGCCCGCUUGUGGUGAGUUCGAUAUAGUUUUCACUUUUGGCAGGUCGGUGUAUGUGCGUGCAUCCGUAUGUGCGUCCGUCCGUCUGAUUUUGGCAUGAAUGUUCACCUCAACGAGAAGGAGUGUCAUGCGCAAACCCCAUGUUCCUAUCUCAAAGGUCAAGGUCACAGUUGGAGGUCAAAGGUCAAAUUGAAGUUUGUCCAGAGCAUAACUUUGAUAUGCUUGGACUAAUCUUGUUUAUAUUUGGCAUGAAUGUUUCAAUGAGAAGGAGUGUCAUGCGCAAACCCCAUGUUUCUAUCUAAAAGGUCAAGGUCACAGUUGGAGGUUAAAGGUCAAAUUGAAAUUUUGAAUAUAUUACUGAUCACUGUGGUCUAUUUUCAGGAUUUAGACAGUGAUAGUUUGGUUGUGAUUAAUUUCUAUUUUAUUUCAGAUAAACAGAAAAUAAAAUGUUUACUGAUUAA